AUGGGUGCAGCGAGGACGGCAAUGACCUUCAACCCCUCGCGCGUUCUACUCAGCCCGCUCAGUAACCUCGCGCUUGCCCCAAGCGCCUCCCCGGUACAACGCGUCCGGCUCGGCAGCCUCACGUUCCUCGACCUCACUACGCUUGCCCCAAGCACCUCCUCGGUAGAGCGCGUCCGGCUCGGCGGCCUCGCGCUCUUCGACCUCGCUGCGCUUGAGGAUGCCCCAAUCACCUUGGCGCAGUCCCGCGUCCUCAUGCCCUGCCUGACCAUCAUUCCCGGCCGGGUUGGCCUCACUUUCGGCGAUUCCUGGUGGGACAGGGGGCCGGGGGCACGGGCCAUUGAGCCCAUUCCGCCCAACCCCAACUAG